AUGUUCACUGACCUCGGCGAGCUUGUCGUGCUUCCCUCCAAGUACAUUGAUGAUUUCCGGAAUGAGCCGGGCCUGAGCUUCAUGACGGCUUUCAUUGACAACUUUCAUCCUUCGUUGCCCGGCUUCGAAGGCUUCGCGUUCGACGGCCGUCCGGACGAGCUUCUUCAUAGAACCAUCAACAAGAGACUCACCAAACUCCUAAACCAGAUUACUUCACCAUUGGCGGCAGAGGCGAAUUUCGCGACAAAUCUCGUCCUCGGAAAAUCAAACGAAUGGCAGGAGAUCCUGCUCAAGGAUGCCACACUGGAACUCGUCGCCCGCUUAUCCUCGCGUGUUUUCCUCGGAGAAGAGCUUUGCCGGAAUCAAAAAUGGCUCGACAUCUCCAAGUCCUACAGCAUCAACAUUUUUCUCUGUGGAGAGUUACUGCGCCAAUACCCUCAUUUUCUCAGACAUGCCGCAUGCUACUUCAUUCCCGAAUGUCAGCUGCUGAGGAAGCAAGUCGCUGAUGCUCGAAAACUAAUGACGCCAAUCCUGCAAAAGCGACGAGAUGAACGACGAAUCGCCGAGACGAAGGGGAAGUCUGCGCCAGUGUAUAACGAUGUAAUGCGAUGGGUCGAGGAAGAAAGUAAGGGGAGCUCUUACGACCCUGUUGGAGCCCAGCUCGGGUUCUCUGUCGUCGCAAUGCACACCACGACAGAUCUGGCGACGGAGACCAUGUGCCGGCUCAUUCAACGCCCGCAGCUGGUACAAGAUCUACGCGAAGAGAUUGAAAGUGUGCUGGUGAAGGAGGGCUGGACCAAGACGGCUCUUUUCCAGAUGAAGCUACUGGACAGCGUUCUCAAGGAAGCGCAAAGGCUGAAGCCUACGACCUCGGCGACAAUGAACCGGACAGCCAUAAGGCGCGUCACUCUUCCCAGCGGCCUGGUUCUUGAAACGGGUGACCGCUGCAUGGCAGACCUCGGUUCCAUGGUGGAUCCCGAAGUCUAUGAGAACCCGGAGGUUUUCGACGGGUAUCGGUACUUGCGCAUGCGUGAAGACCCAAAGCUCGAGAGCAAAGCUCACCUCGUGAGUACCUCGUCGAUACAUCUGGGCUUCGGUCAUGGGAAGCAUGCUUGCCCUGGAAGGUUCUUUGCCUCGAACGAAGUUAAGAUUCUUCUAUGCCACUUGCUGUACAAGUACGACUGGGAGAUUGACAGUGCGUACGAACACAAGAUCAGGGAGUUCGGAAUCAGUCUCUCCUCUGGAGAUGGCCUCAAGGUUUCUUUCAGGAGACGAGAGAACUUGGCUGUUGACAUUGACAGCCUCUGA